AUGUCAGCCCCAGCACCCCCAUCUGAUCCAAGCAACAACGGCGGAGGAAACAACGCUCCGACUGAGAAAGACAAGAACACGAGCAAAGACACCGCACAAUCCCAAUCCCAAUCUCAACCCAAGGAUGGGGGAGGACCAAAAGAAAAGAACCCUCCCGCCCCGAAGAACGAUAAAAGCAAGACCAAAGAAAAAGACACGCCGCAAUCUGAAUCCGAAUCCGAAUCCGAAUCCGGCUCCGGAUCAUCAUCAUCAUCAGACUCAGACUCAGAAAGCUCAUCGUCAGAAUCCGAAUCCGAACCCGAACCGGCAGCCGAAUGCUCCAACAAAAAAUGCCUAAAACUCAAAUCCUUCUGCAAACCCUGCCUGGAAGCCGCAACCAAGAUCUGCUCAUCCAUCCCGCACUCGCAAAUCGAGUCCCGCGCCGGCUGGUUCCCCAUCACCGUGACUGUGCACGUCACGGGCACCCAACAGGAGAUCCAGACCUGGGUGUGGAAGCAGAUUUCGCGACUGCACCUGUUCUACCCGACGCGGACUCUUCGCUGGAGUAAACUCCGGGGGGAGCACAAGCACCCGCGGGUCCGCGUGUGUGCCGUCGAGCGCGCGCGGGAUGCGAGUGCCGGCGGGGGCAAUUUCGCGGACUUUACGGACCUGACGAGUCCGACUCCCGGGAUGCUUUCCGUCCAGGAGGUCAGUUGGCAGGAGACGACGAAGGUGUUUGCAAAAAAGGCGGCGAGGAAUGCGGGGGGUGGUAUGGGGAGUGAGGAGGCGCAGGCGCGGCGGAUGGCGAGGGCCAAACUGCCGUGGUGGGCUAAGGAGAGGGCGCGGAGUGCGGAGCGCGAGGUGCUUAUGCUUGUUGAUUUCCCCGAUGAGAUCAAGGAGGAGGAUGAGGUGCUGAAACUCUAUCUCGGUGGGUUUGGGAAGAGGUUUGAGGUUGUUGAAGUGAAAUUUCCGGGUCCCGAGACGACGUGGAAUGCGCAUCGGCUUGCGUGGUGGGUGUAUACGCAUCCGGCCCAGAAUGGGGAUCGGGGGAUCAGUGUCGACUUUCUUAAGGCUGCGAGGAAAGCCAGAAAAGCCAGGAAAGCUAAGAAAGCGGAGAAAGAGAGGAAAGCGAGGGAAGCGAGGAAGAGGAGGUCGAGGAGCCGAUCUGCCAGCCAGCCUCAGCAACAGCAACCACAACAGCAGCAGUGGCAGCAGCCUCAGCAGCAGCAGCCACAGCAGACACAGUGGUUUCAGUUACGUCCAGCUCCCAUUGCGUGGGUUACGCCGAUUUCGGUCGAUCCGAAUUAUUUUCCUACUCCCCCUCCACAGACUCCGCGACUUCCCACGGCGAGAGAGGCGUCUAGGAUGAAGACCAAGACGCCGAGGUGGAUGAAGAGUAUCGCUUUCAAGCCUUGA